UCAAAAAUUGUCCAUUCGCCGAAAAGUGGCUCCGCUCUAGGCUGGUCUCCGGAUUCGUGCAGUAAGCGCCGUCACAAACAACCAUGGCCUCCAGCAAGGGAUCGGGACCUCAGGUGAUCGACAUCUCCAAGCUGAAUUUAGAGCAGCUGACCAACCUCAAGAACCAGCUGGAUCAGGUACAAUUGCAGUUCUUCAAUGAGUCAUUACAGCAGCUGAAAAUAGCCCAACUAAAAUUCAAUGAAUCUGGAGAAUGUGUCGAUAAGGUCACACCCGAAGUUAAGGGCAAGGAGGUCCUCGUUCCUCUGACCAGCUGUAUGUACGUUCCUGGGACAAUCGCUGAUGCGGAAAAGCUGCUCAUCGACAUCGGAACAGGAUACUACGUGGAACGGGAUGUCCCUGGAGCAAAGGACUAUUUCACCAGGAAGGUCAAAUUCGUCACAGAGCAGAUGGAGAAGAUUCAGAAGAUUGCCGCAGAAAAAAGCAAAUUGAGAGAAGUUGUGAUGGACAUCAUGGAGGUGAAGGUAGACCAGCAACUGGCGGAUCAGCAGCAGCAGGCGGCAACAGGAGCAGCAAAGGCGUAACAGAGUCGCAGCACAGACACGCAAUAUUUAAGGAACGCUGACUGACGAUUAACCGUUAAGAUGUUGCAUCUCAUUGAGUUACAAUAUUUUGUAUGGCCAUCAUGUACCUCUGUUUUUUAUUCUUAACGUUUUUGUUUUGUGGUCUAGUCUUGGAGGGCAGAAUCACAAAAGUGAAUGAGUUAUGGGAGCGAUCUUUAUGUCAGGUUUUUUAUUUUGUUUGAGAUAUUACUCUUCUCUGUGUCUAGAUGUAAUCACCCAAAGAACUGGUAAAGUUUUUUUUUAUCAUUAUUAUUGUGAUUAUUAUUACUUUUAUUGCUAGAAUUAUUAU